GUUUCGCUGAGGAUGCUGCCGCCUUAAAAUUGGUCAGCUCCAUCGAGAUCAGCGCGAGGACAACCGAGCGCUUCAUGUAACUAGGUCAGAGAUGUGCAUACAGUAUGUUCAUCCAGUGGUGGGACCGCAUAUCACUGACCUCUGAUCUGACUUCAGUCAACUGUUAACCUCUCAGUCACCCAGGGACACUCUUCUCAUGUGUUAAGCAGAGCUUUCCUAAAAAGUUUAAUGGAGAGCUGGUCGGAUGACAGCUGGAACUGUUGUCAUAACUGGAGGAAUACUGGCCACAGUGAUACUUCUGUGUAUCAUAGCUGUGCUCUGUUACUGUAGACUCCAGUACUACUGCUGCAAGAAGAAUGGUUCUGACAGUGGCUCCAACUCUCUGCAACACUUUGACUGCAACACCUGCAAUGUCUCUGGCCUGGAUGGGACCAUCGGCAUCCCGGUGUCACUUUCGCCCCCAGAGCGACCCACAUCCCGCAAAGCCAAGAAAGCCACAGCGGGGCGUCGCCACUACUGCCCCACCUGCUCCCCGUAUGACUCCCCCUUCUUCAGCCGUACCGCUGAUGAGAUGCGCAACGGAGGCGAGCGCAUCACUUACAUGCCCACACACUACGAGAACCAGGCGCUGGCCAUGCCGCUUCCCGCCGUGGAGGGGUCCCUGCUGAGGGAGGCUCCUUGGAGCAGAGCACCUGAUUUCUACACCAACACACAAGCCAUCAGCACAGAGGUGUGACACUGCAACUAGAAGUGGUGAACAUAAAGCAGUUUUAGGAGGUGUUUGGACACUUUAUUAUAUUCACAGUUCUAAUU